AUGGCAGAGUUCGCCUCAGCCAUCCUGAGUUUUGUUGUUGCUGGUCUUGCUUCAUGGAGGAGAAUCGAUCAAGUUGUCAACUCGAUAAAAAAUGCUCCAAGGAAUGUCGAACAUUGGAAAGUGGUGGGAGGAGUGUUGGCCGAGUCACUUCGUCUGAUGGACACGAGGAUCAGGGCCCGACAAGGCAAUUUGACAAGACCGGAGCAGAAUCUCUGCAAAGCCAUCGAUAAGUUCACAAGAGACUUUAUGGAUGAUCUCCAAAAAUUGGAAAGAACAAUAGACCCAAGAAAGAGUGGUAACAAAUAUUGGCUGCCUCUCAAGCUGAAGCUUCAAGAGGACCGCCAGUUACUUGAGCGUCUGAGUCGCAAUACCCAGAUCUUCCAGUUAAGUGCUAUUGGUCUAUCGUUAUUAGAUCCCCCUUCUACAUCCGUCUCUGGUCCUAUUGUUAGUGUCAACCGAGUCCAACAGUUUCUCGAGGUCAUCAGCGAUGAAAAUCCCGAGAAACUAGACGAAGAUGAACAACCCGAUUUAAACAGAUGGAGAGAAGCGCUAUAUGAAGUCGCCGAUGUAGCAGCUCAACGCGAAUUUCCGGACCCUGCGUUGGCCAAUACCUCCCCGCCAGUAACACCAAAUACAUUCAGCAGCAACGAGGCAUCCAGAAGGCCUUCAGGUGUCAUCAGCCCCGAGGAGCUAAAAUACAGGUUCGAAGCCGCCAUCUCUCGGUCAAAGCGCAUGUACGAAGCCGGACUACCAAUGAUCGCAAAGAAGGCACACGAAGAAGCGAUACAGCAUCGAAAAGAGAUGCAGUCAACGGAUGAGGAUGUGAUUGCGACUUCGGUGUCGGUUUCAAUUCAGAUGGAGAUCUCCUAUAUCCGUAUCAUCAAAGCUUGUGUGCCACACGUCAAGUCUUACGAAGCGCUUGCAUGGGAGCGAUUGAGUAACCUUAUAGAAAGUCUUCUCGAGGAAUCUGGCCUCGAUGUCAACCCUGAGUUUUGCAAUGAACAGGAACAAGUUGGCACUCUAUGCGCCGAACUACGCGAUCGCGAGGAAGCAAUAAAGCUCUUGAGAUUAUCACUCAAUACAUAUUUGUCUGAUCCCAGCAACAACGAGGACAAGAUACAGCGAACAUCGAUGCUGAUAUGCGAACAGUACGAGUGUUUAGGACAAUGGGAUAAUCUAGAUGCUUUCAAGAGGAUAUUAUCCAGGAGACUACUAUACGACCCUACUUCUGAACCCAAUGCACUCGCAAAGACAAUAAAUUGGUGUCACAAAAAUGACUUCCAAGCCGCAGAAAUAGAUGGACGUCUUUCUUUACCGGAUGAGUACUUGGUUAAUGGUACACUACUCCACAAGGCAGCUGCAGACAUGGUUAUCCAGCCAGAGGUUAUUCAUCAACUAGUUCUCACAGUAUAUCAUGCAACUCCAGACAUCAACGGUGAUACGCCUCUACUGGUGGCGGUUCAACACUCAAACAACACUGUACUGCGAGCGCUAUUGCGAGUCACUAGCUCAGUCCAUGUAUGGGAUUCUAAAGGACGGACGCCGUUGCAUCGAUGUGAUAAUGUAGGUACGAUGGAGUUGCUUCUUGAAGAGAUCAAGAAGCCUGUGCACCAUUCGCCUUCUACAGAGCUGGGCCUCAAGCUGGUCCAUAUAGACUCAACUGACGCAUAUGGAAGAACAGCUCUUCAUGAGGCAUGCGAUGGAGGGAACGAGAGCAUGGGUUGA